AUGGGAGGUAUAAGAAGAUCUGACAGUGACAAGGGAGGGAUUAGUAGAACUGACAGUGACAAGGGAGUUAUUAGUAGAAUUGACAGUGACAAGGGAGGUAUAAGUAGAUCUGACAGUGACAAGGGAGGUAUUAGUAGAACUGACAGUGACAAGGGAGGUAUUAGUAGAACUAACAGUGACAAGGGAGGUAUUAGUAGAUCUGAAAGUGACAAGGGAGGUAUUAGUAGAACUAACAGUGACAAGGGAGGUAUUAGUAGAUCUGACAGUGACAAAGGAGGUAUAAGUAGAACUAACAGUGACAAGGGAGGUAUGAGUAGAACUGACAGGAACAAGGGAGGUAUUAGUAGAGCUGACAGUGACAAGGGAGGUACAAGUAGAACUAACAGUGACAAGGGAGGUAUUAGUGGAAUUAACAGGGACAAGGGAGGUAUUAGUAGAACUGACAGUGACAAGGGAGGUAUUAGUAGAACUGACAGUGCCAAGGGAGGUAUUAGUAGAACUGACAGUGCCAAGGGAGGUAUUAGUAGAACUGACAGUGAUAAGGGAGGUAUUAGUAGAACUGACAGUGAUAAGGGAGGUAUUAGUAGAACUGACAGUGACAAGGGAGGUAUUAGUAUAACUGACAGUGACAAGGGAGGUAUUAGUAGAAUUAACAGGGACAAGGGAGGUAUUAGUAGAACUGACAGUGACAAGGGAGGUAUGAGUAGAACUGACAGGAACAAGGGAGGUAUUAGUAGAACUGACAGGAACAAGGGAGGUAUUAGUAGAACUGACAGUGACAAGGGAGGUAUGAGUAGAACUGACAGGAACAAGGGAGGUAUUAGUAGAACUGAAAGUGACAAGGGAGGUAUUAGUAGAAUUGACAGUGACAAGGGAGGUUUAAGUAGAACUGACAGUGACAAGGGAGGUAUUAGUAGAACUGACAGUGACAAGGGAGGUAUUAGUAGAAUUGACAGUGACAAGGGAGGAAUUAGUAGAACUGACAGUGACAAGGGAGGUAUGAGUAGAACUGACAGGAACAAGGGAGGGAUUAGUAGAACUGACAGUGACAAGGGAGGUAUUAGUAGAAUUGACAGUGACAAGGGAGGUAUUAGUAGAAUUGACAGUGACAAGGGAGGUAUGAGUAGAACUGACAGUGACAAGGGAGGUAUAAGUAGAUCUGACAGUGACAAGGGAGGCAUUAGUAGAACUGACAGUGACAAGGGAGGUAUAAGUAGAUCUGACAGUGACAAGGGAGGAGAGGAAGGGAAAUUGGCAGAAUGCAAAGAGCAGGCAUAUGGAAAGUAGAACUCCCCUGUGGAAAUGGGAUAUAUGGGUUUCCCUACACAGUUGAUAAAGAAGAUGGUAUGUGCUUGGACAGACUAGAUGGUCAAAGAAAUGGUUAGGGUAUUGGCUUACCAAGGUAGCUAACUGGGCUUCCAGUUGGACAUAGAUGAAGAGGCAGGAGGGAAUCUGGGAGCCAACCAUUGUGGCCGAUUACACUGUUGAUCCCCAACUCUGGUUGUUGAGUGUUUAACAUUCAGAGAAGGAUGUACUCGGCUGGUGGUGCCGGCAAUGAGCAGUGGCAAAGAAAGUAACCCCACAUGGCAUCAGCCGUAAUUUGGUGAUUUUGCUUUAAGUGCAUGGCUUCUCUUCUGUACCAUGGUAAUUUUUAGAAGGAAAUCCACUCAUCUCUAAACUCCCUCUCCUCACCCCCAGGUGGCAGCUGACAGGGGAUGGAGGGUUAAAGAAAAGAUGUAAAUAAAGACUUUGAAAUGGCUGAGAUCCAACCAUCUAAAGAUGCCUUGUUUGUGGACAUCAAGUGCACGGGGAUAAUCCUGACAGCUAUUUCGCUUACGUCAAAGUGAUACUCGCUGUUUGGAUUACGUCGGAGCAAAAAGCUACUUUUGCGCCAAAUACGGCUUAGGCAGAAUAAAAUGCUCCCAUGAUUGAAGAACGUGAGAGAUAUGUUUGCGCUUUCUUGUAUAAAUACUGAAAGCUUACCAUUGUAACUCAGUCUAUAUACUAUAAGAAUGUCUUAAGCUGCUAUAUCAAUAAAAAAAAAAUAGAUUGAAUUUGUUUUGACAGAAUAAUCAUAUAUGUGUACGGACAUCAGUUUACAUACGGCUUUGUGGAGAUUUGAAUGUAAUAACUAUUUAAUUAAAUUACUUUUACACAACACAUGUCUUGGCCAAUGACUCAUCAACAAAAUAACAUUGAAUAGUCUGAACUUAACACAAGUUUUAGCGAUAUUUUUACCA